GCACUACAUUUCAGCUACAUAUUGUCCUAUGACCGUGAUUGAUAGAUUUAUGUUGACUUACUCUCCGAAGACAGGAACACUGCCCGCUCCCUUCGCUAAAUCUCGUGAAAAAAUUCACCACUUUCCGAGACCCCGAAAAUUGUAGAAUCAACAAUGAAUGCAGUCUUCACUUUAAAUCCGGUGAUUUCGCGGUGUCUCCAGUUCAGACUCCGGACUUUGCUGUCCAGACGCAGAUUGCAGUACGCCUGUCAAGUCAGGGCACAUUCUGCAGCCUUAACCAAUAGAUUCCGGGCUAAUAUCAGCCGGAGAAUGCCAGGGGUUUGAAAAUGAGGUUACACAAGAUUCAAAUGCCGGGUCCAAUGGGUUGGGUUCGGGAUUGCUUCCUAAUCGCUUGUGGCUUGCAGGGCUGAGGAUGGCGGUUUGGUUUGGUUUGGUAUUUGGGGGGUACUGGAUUGAGGUUUAGGUGGGAUUUUGGGGAGGACUACAUCGUGGGCUUGAAGAAUAUAAGGCUUGGGCAACUCCCGUGAGAUUAUUUAACAAUCAACUUAAUCUUGCUCGGUACUCGAUCAAUUACCCUCCACGGAUCUGAACUUUCGCAAUUAAACCCCAUCACCAAAUCCAUACACAACUCCAACCACGAUGAGCAGUACUGCAACUCUACAGAAUACCUGCGACACAGAGAGUUGUCAACUUCAUUUCCAUAAUCAUGACAAUGACACCAUGUUCGCAAAGGAUGAGCAGACACCAACGACACAGAACCAGCCACAACAAGUCGAAGAGCGGCAAAACAUCAGUAAUACAGACUCCUCCGAACCAUUAGCGGUCCCAACAGGGAAAGUCGUGGACGAAGAGCACCAAGGAAGCAGUACUGCUGACAACAGUCCUCAAGACCAUGGCUUCCAAAGAAUAGUCCGGAACUUCACUCCCUCCUGGUUCAUAAUAACCAUGUCCACCGGCGUCCUCUCCAUCAUGCUCCACCAACUCCCCUACAACGCUUCCUGGCUCCAAAUCAUCUCCACGAUAUUCUUCGUCCUCAACCUCACGCUCUUCCUCCUCUUCACAUUCAUCUCCAGUCUACGGUAUUUCCUUUACCCGAGGAUCUUCCCAGCCGUGCUCAAGCAUCCGCAUCAGAGCUUGUUCCUGGCUACGUUCCCCGUAGGCUUGGCUACCCUGAUCAAUAUGACGGUGCUGGUGUGCGUGCCGGUUUGGGGGCAGGGCAUGGCGACGUUGGCGUGGGUGUUGUGGUGGAUUGAUGGGGUGUUGGCGCUGGUAGCGUGCUUUCACUUGACGUUUAUGAUAAUGUCUAACCAAAGAAGCGACCUCGAAGAGAUGACUGCCUUGUACCUCAUCCCCAUCGUCUCUGUCGUCAUAGCCGCCACCUCGGGAGGUCUAGUUGCAGGAGCUAUCUCAGAUCCGAAUCACCGCCUAUGGACGCUUAUUAUUUCGUAUAUCUUCUGGGGCAUCGGAUCCCCACUGUCAUGGAUUAUCCUCACGCUGUACUUUCUGCGCAUGACGAUUCAUAAGCCGUUGAAGCGGGAGGUUAUCGUGAGCUUGCUGCUGCCUAUUGGGCCAUUGAGUCUGUCGGGGUUCUCAAUCAUCGUCCUGGGCAAACUCUCCCGCAACCUCUUCCCCGUAACUCACACACUCCACAAAUUCGCCGGCGCAGGAGACGUCUUCUAUGCAGUCGGGUUCCUCGUCGGUCUCAUCCUAUGGGGAUUCUCGAUUGUCUGGUUCUUCGUUGCGGUCGUUAUGAUUGCUACGUCUGGCGGGUUUCCCUUCAAUAUGGGGUGGUGGGGGUUUAUUUUCCCAGUUGGUGUCUUCACGCUCUUGACGAUUUCGAUUGGCGAGGAGUUGGAGUCGGAAUUCCUAAAGGUACUUUCUUGUGUACUCACUGGGAUAUGUGUGGUGAUGUGGCUGGUAGUCGCUGCCGGCACGAUACAGCGGUCUUGGACCGGCAAGAUGUUCUUUGCUCCUUGUCUAGGAACGGAUCUUUUCAUGAAGAGGACUAUUGGUCGGAAGGUUAAGACGCAGACUGUGUGAAUCGUGCUUCUAAAGUUGGAAAUUGAGGAGGCUAUAUACUUGUAUGGUGGGUUGGGUUAGAUUGGUAUGGAGUUUGGGGCGCGAAUGGCGUUUGGUGAUAGACAAAUGUGGGCAUUGUAGAUAACCAUUGUGCUCAAAUUUAUGCGAGAAUUGAAC